CCAGUGUUCAGUGCAUCUAAUAAACUCGUAAACAAACCAUUAAUAGCUAAAAGGAGUUCAAAUCACUGUGAGCUUUCAGCCUUUUUUAUACAAUUACACUUUGCGUAAGCUACAGACGCACGAGGCCCUGUCAAAACAAACCAGCGUUCUAUGAUGUAAACAUGAACGAGCGUAAGAUAUUGUGCUUCGUACUCUCCGUUAUUUUUUAUUUCUUCUACUGUGUUCACAUGCGGCUUAUGACGACUGACGUUAACAAAGAAAAAACGCAGAAUUUGAAUGAAAUCGUAGAGCGCAAGCAAGAAUUGAAACCAAACAACUCACAGCCGAAUGCUGCGAAGCCAAAAGUGAUACCUCUAUUUAUCAAAGACGCAUGUAGUGCGUUGGAAGUGUUCACGCAAAAACCUCAGAUUGUUAAAAUAAAACGGUCCAAAUAUAAAGAUAUGGAUCUGGAUAACAAAACUGUCAUGGUGGUAGGCAUAACAAUGUUUUUGUUUACACUGUUGCUGAUGGCUUUGCUGGACGUGCUGAAAGUGAAAGAGGAAGAACUUGCCGAGAGACUUCUCCAUCCAGAUGGGGAAAGGAGGCAGUCAUUGUCUGAAUUUGCCAACAAAAAAAUGCUACGAAGAGAAUCGAGCAAGUUUAGCCUGCAUUUGUGUCAGAUUUCAGAGUCCGUUGCGACUUCAAACGGAGAGAAAAACAGACCCUAUACUCGAGCUGAGUCUAUAAAUUCAUAUCUUGGUGAAAAGAGUCAGACCAAAAACUCAGCACCAGCAUCAAUUGGAGUAACCCCUGUGGAACACGUCUUUGUUAAAAGAGAGUCAGUUUCAAGGCUGAUUGGUGCCAGACCGGCCCCGAUGGUGCGUCGAUCGUCUUACCCGGCCCUACCUCUGAACCCUGAGAUCCAAGCUCUGAUGCUGAACAGCAGGCAGUCCUCCUUCGACAGCGACGACGAAAGUGACAAGAAACCCAAGCGUGUCAGGAUUCUUCGUAGAUUCUAAUCAGUAACCUCGGAUCAACGAAACAAUCUCGCCUAACUUGUAUUUAAAGACUGUUUCUUCAGGCUGCGGCAAACGUUGCGCAUAGCGUCGCGUCGAGAGUAAUAAAUAUAGCAUGAGGAUAUAAUCCAUUUAUUUUAUAGUGUAUUCAAAAGAAAAUGCGAGAGGCCUUUUUUUGUCGUGUUGGAAAAGGUUUAUGGAUACGUGUUGGAGGGUACAUGGGACUCCCCCCCACUGAGACUUCUACUAACCGUACUAAGGGACUCCCGCGCUAAAGAGGAGAGAAUCGGACCAUCCUGAUCCCUGCCCAAGGCAGCGAAGAGUCGUAACUAUUACAUGAUACUUAAUGCGACGGGCCUAAUGAAAUUAUCACAUGUAAAUUUUUAUUAAAAGACCAACUAAAAAAAAUACCUUGGUAGACAUAAUAAUGCAACAUAAAUAAAUCCAUA